AUGGGUAACCAGCCGUCCAAGGGCGAGAAGGGCUCGCAAGACGGCCCUGAUCUUAGCUCUUAUCCCUCCUUCUCAAAGUCCGACACCCAAGGCUCGACGCGUUCUUUCCGCGGCUCCAUUCGCUCAAAGAUUCCCUCAAAGAUAUCCACCGACAACCCGCGCGGUUCAUCCUCUUCGCUAGCUUCGCCUAAGAGACAAUCAGAGCCAGGUCUGGACACCGCCGCCCUCCAGGCUGCCCCUUCGAACAAGCACAAACGCUCCCCCUCUGCUCCCUCUUUGUCCGAAACCUCGCGUAGGAGCAGUGGAGCAAGCAACGAUGUCGACGACCAAGAUGAUGCCCAGGCUCCUCCGUCUCCCACUCUUUCGUCCUCUAUCGGCCACGGCCAUUCCGACAUCACAAAGGCCCAGCGAUCCGGCGAAGUCGAACACGUUUCUGACGCUCCUCCCACCGGCACCUUGCAACACAACAACCUUACCGAACCCACCGAAUCUAUCCUGAUGAAGAAGGCUGAUCACAAGCCUAGCGCUGCCGCUCUGGCUCUCGCUCUGUCAGAGGGCUCGUCUUCCUCCAAGGACAUGGGCAUUGGUGCACUCAAGACGUCGGAUCUGGAUGACAUGAUUAAGCGCUUGAUUGAUGCAGGAUAUGCCGGCAAGGUCACAAAGACCGUCUGCCUGAAGAAUGCCGAAAUCUUUGCCAUCUGCCAGGCUGCUCGCGAGGUCUUCCUUUCGCAGCCCGCCCUGCUGGAGCUUGCUCCUGCAGUCAAGAUUGUCGGCGAUGUUCACGGCCAAUACACCGACCUGUUGCGCAUGUUCGAGAUGUGUGGCUUCCCUCCAAACUCCAAUUACCUCUUCCUGGGUGAUUACGUGGAUCGUGGUAAACAAAGUCUCGAGACCAUUCUGUUGCUGCUUUGCUACAAGUUGCGCUACCCCGAGAACUUUUUCCUCCUCCGCGGCAAUCACGAGUGCGCCAAUGUAACUCGCGUCUACGGCUUCUACGAUGAAUGCAAGCGCCGCUGCAACAUCAAGGUGUGGAAGUCGUUCGUCGACACCUUCAACUGCUUACCCAUCGCAUCCGUUGUCGCCAAUAAGAUUUUCUGUGUACACGGAGGUCUGUCGCCCAGUCUUUCGCACAUGGACGACAUUCGCAACAUUGCUAGGCCGACUGACGUUCCGGACUAUGGCUUGUUGAACGAUCUGCUUUGGAGUGAUCCAGCAGACAUGGAAAACGACUGGGAAGCCAACGAACGAGGAGUAAGCUACUGUUUCGGCAAAAAGGUCAUCAUGGAGUUUCUCGCGAAGCACGACUUCGACCUUGUUUGCAGAGCGCACAUGGUCGUUGAGGACGGAUACGAGUUCUUCACUGAUAGAGUCUUGGUCACUGUGUUCUCAGCACCAAACUAUUGUGGAGAGUUUGACAAUUGGGGAGCCGUCAUGUCCGUUUCCGGUGAACUUUUGUGCAGCUUCGAGUUGUUGAAGCCACUGGACUCGAGCGCUCUCAAACGACACAUUAAGAAGGGCCGAAACGAACGUCAAAACAUGCUCAACAGUCCGCCCGCUAGUCAGUACCCUCAGAGUUAUUAG